UUUUUUUUAAUGUUUAUUUAAUUUUGAGAGAGACAGCAUGAGUGGGGGAGGGGCAGAGAGAGAGGUGACACAGAAUCCAAAGCAGGCUCCAGGCUCUGAGCUGUCAGCACAGAGCUGAACGCGGGUCUCAGAUUCACAAACUGUGAGAUCAUGACCUGAGCCUAAAUCGGGUGCUUAACUGACUGAGCCACGAAAGCUUUUUAGUUUAAUGUAGUUCCAUUUGUUUAAUUUUGCUUUUCUUAUUUGUAUUUUUCGUAUCAUAUCCAAAAAACUCCUUGCCAAUACCACCAUCAAGGAAUCUUUUUUUCUGUUUUCUCUUGGGAGUUUUAUGGUUUCAGAUCUUACAUUUAUCUAUCUAUUUAUCUAAGCAUGCACACGUGAGUGGGGGAGGGGCAGAGAGAGAAGGAGAGAGAAUCCCAAUCAGACUUUGCACUGUCAGUGCAGAGCCAGAUGCAGAGCUCUAUCCCAAGAACCGUGAGAUGAUGACCUGAGCUGAAAUCAAGAGUGGGAUGCUCAACCAACUGAGCCACCUAGAUGCCCCUAGGUCUUACAUUUAAAUCUUUAAUCCAUUUUGAGUUAGUUUUUGUGAGUAAUAUAAUAUAAGGGUCCAGUAUCAUUUGUUGCAUGUCAGUAUCCAGUUUUCCUAGCACCAUUUUUUUUUGAAGACACUAUGUUUUCCCCACUGAGUAUGCUUGGCUCCCUUGUCAAAUAUUAGUUGACCAUACAUGUGAGGCUUUCUAUUAUGUUCCAUUGAUCUGUGUGUCUGUUUUUAUGUCAUACCAUACUGUUUUGAUUACUAUAGCUUUGUCGUAUAGGCUGAAAUCAGGACGUGUGAUACCUGCAACUUUAUUCUUCUUUCUCAGGAUUGCUUUCUCUAUUUGGAAUCUUUUGUGGUUCCAUAUGAAUUUUAAAAUUGUUUUUCUGUUAUUGUAAAAAAAAAAUGACAUUGGGAGGGGUGCCCACUUGUCUCCACUGAGUGUCCGACUUCAGCUCAGGUCAUGAUCUCUUCGCUUGUGAGUUCGAGCCCCGCGUCAGGCUGUAUGCUGACAGCUCAGAACCUGGAGCCUGCUUCGGAUUCUGUGUCCCUCUCUUGCUAUGCCCCUCCCUCACUCAUGUUCCGUCUCUCUUUCUCUCUCUCUGAAGAAUAAAUAAACAUUAAAAAAAAUUUUUUUAAUGACAUUGGAGCUUUGAUAGGGAUUUCAUUGAAUCUGUAAAUGGCUUUGGGUAGUGUGAACCUUUUGACAAUGUUAAUUCUUCCAAUCCAUAAACAUGAGAUAUCUUUCCAUUUAUUUGUGUUGAAGUUCUUAACUUUUGAACAAGGAGCCUCAUUUUCACUUUGUACCAGACUCUACAAAUUAUGUAGUCAGUUGUGCCUGGACUAGAUGUCCUGUCUUAGCAAUUCUGUGAUUCUAUUCUUCCUUGCAGAUUAUGAGUCUGCAUUUACUCUUAGGAUCUUUGGUAUAAUCUUUGUUUCCUGAAUGGAAUUUCCCCAAAUUUCUGUCAUUUAUGGGCUUCAUGAAUUUUUUGUUUUUCCCUUUAUUUUAUUCCUGAUGAAAGAAUAAAAAGCUUAUUGGGGAAAAAAGGGAGAGAGAAAAUAAAAAAGGAAUCAAAAGAACAGGAGGGAGGGGCAUCUGGGUGGCUCAGUCGGUUAAGCAUCCAACUUCAGCUCAGGUUGGAUCUCACAGCCUGUGAGUUUGAGUCCCACGUCAGGCUCUCCACCGACAGCUCAGAGUCUGGAGUCUCCCACUCUCUCUCUGCCCCUCCCCCAUUCACACUCUGUCUCUCUCUCAAAAAUAAAAUAAAAACAUAAAAAAUUAAAAAAAAAAAAAGGCAGGAGGGAAAAACCAUAGACUUAGCUCCCCAACCCCAGUCUCCAAGCUUUCAUAAAUGUUAGAGAUAAGUCCAAAGAAUACCUCAGCUUAAAAAAAAAAUAAUAAUAGGUAUGAUUGGGGAAGAAAGUAAUCAGAAAGCAAUUGCUUUUUUUUAAUUAAGUUUUUAAAUUUUAAUUCCAAUAUAGUUAACAUACAAUAUUAUAUUACAACAUAGUGAUUCAACAAUUCUAUACAUUACUCAGUGCUCAUCAUAAUAAAUGUACUCUUUAAUCCCCAUCACCUGUUUCACCCACUGCUCCCCCACCUCCCCUUUGGUAACCCUCUGCUCUCUCUAGUUAAGAGUCUGUUUCUUGAUUUCUCUCUUUUUUCCUAUGCUCAUUUGUUUUGUCUCUUAAAUUCCACAUAUGAGUGAAAUCAUAUGGUAUUUGUCUUUCUCUCACUGACUUUUUUCACUUAGCAUAAUAUACUCUAGAUACAUCCAUGUUGGUGCAAAUGGCAAGAUUUCAUUCAUACACAUAGACACACACAUGCAUACACACAUACACACACCCCACAUCUUCUUUAUCCAUUCAGCUAUCGAGGGACAUUUGGGCUACUUCCGUAGUUUGGCUGUUGUAAAUAAUAGUGGUGCAUGUAUCCCUUUGUAUUAGUGUUUUUGUAUUUGGGGGGUAAAUGCCCAAUAGUGUGAUUACUGGAUUGCGGGAUAGUUUUAUUUCCAACUUUCUGACGAACGUCCAUACUGUUUUCCACAGUGGCUGCACCAGUUUGCGUUUCCACCAAUAGUGCACGAGGGUUCCUUUUUCUCCAUAUCCACGCCUAUAUCUGUUGUUUCUUGUGUUUUUUAAUUUUUUCUUCUUGUAUUUUUUAUUUUAGCCAUUCCAACAGGUGUGAUGUGAUAUCUCAUUGUGGUUUUGAUUUGCAUUUUCCUGAUGAUGUGUGAUGUUGAGCAUCUUUUUAUGUGUCUGUUGCCAUCUGGAUUUCUUUGGAGAAAUAUCUGUUCAUGUCUUCUGCCCAUUUUUUUAAAAAGUAUUUAUUUAUUUUGAGAAAGAGCACAUGCAUGUAAGCUGGGGAAGGGCUGAGAGAAUCCCUGCGUUGUUAGAGCAGAGCCUAACACAGGACUUGAUCUCAUGAACUGUGAGAUCAUGACCUGCACUGAAAUCAAGAGUCAGAUGCUUAGCAAACUGAAGCACCCAGGCGCCCCUCUUCUGCCCAUUUUUUAAUUGGAUUAUUUGUUUUUUGGGUGUUGAGUUGUAUCAGCUCUUUAUUUAUUUUGGGUACUAACCCUUUAUCAGAUAUGUUAUUUGCAAAUGUCUUCUCCCAUUCCAUAGGUUGCCUUUUAGUUUUGUUGAUCGUUUCCUUCACAACAAUUUUUAUUUUGAUGAAGUCCUAAUAGUUUAUUUUUGCUUUUGUUUCCCUUGCCUCAGGACACCCAUCUAGGAAAAAAAGCUGCUACAACCAGUGUCAGAGAAAUCACUGCCUCUGCUCUCUUAGGGAUUUUUUAUGGUUUCAAGUGUCACAUUUAGGUCUUAAUCCAUUUUGAGUUUAUUUAUGUGUAUGGUGUAAGAAAGUGUCCAGUUUCACUCUUUUGCAUGUGGCUGUCCAGUUUCCCUACACCAUUUGUUGAAGAGACUAUUUUUCCCACUGCAUAUUCUUUCCCCCUUUGUCGAAGAUUAAUUGACCAUGUAAUUGUGGGUUUAUUUCCUGGGUUUUCUCUUCUGUUCCAUUAAUCUAUGUGAGCAAAUUCCUUUUAAUUGAAUUAUUUCCUUGUGGGAUUAGAGGUGUUCCUACCAAGACAAACAUAUCCUUGAGAUAUAACAAAAACUACUCUUGGUGCAAAUAUAUUUUUUUAAUCACAAAUUUAAAAAGGAAUUAUUAUCUGGAUCCUUUUAUUGUAUAGGAUUUAAGUACAGUUCAAAUGCAAAUAUGUAGAACCACAUAUUUAUCUAGGCUUGUUUUCUUUGGUAGGAAAAUUCAUCCAUUCAUGCGCUUAUUUUGUGAUGGUCCUUGUCACAACCACUGAGGUUACAAAGAUGACCAGUAGAGUUCCAGUGCUCAGAUAUCUUAGUCUAGUGAAGGGGGCAGACCUCUAACCAGGCAGUCACGGGGGAGUACUGUAAUAGAGGCAUCACCAAGCAUGGAGACACCAGCCUGUACCACCAGCUCAGUGAGGGAAGGGAGGAGGGAUAAGUAACAAAUAAUCAAGUCAGUAUUUUUCCACUACCCUUGUCUUUUAAAAGAUAUAUUCCCUUAAACCUUCAACUUCUUUUCUUAAGGGGUUUAUUUUAUUAGAUGCCAGGUAGUUUCAUUACCAGAGCAAGGAUAUUGUCUGUAACAGAAGUUUUGGAUUCUUUGUGAGAUCUUUCUGAGGGAGACAACAGGCUUUUCUUCCAUCAUAGGAGAAUUUACUGUGUUAAAAGAUCCGGCCACAUAAUGGCUUACGUUUUAAUUUAGAGACUUUCUUAAAAAUGGAUUAUGUCUAUAAAACCCUCAGAUAAGGAAUUAAAGCCUAAUCACCCAAAUAAGUGGGGUUUUUUAACGGAGAGUCAGGACUAGAGGAGAAGCAGGAAGGAAAUUAACAUUUGAUUACCUACUUUUAUUUAUUUCAUUUAAUCACUUUUAUCAACUGUGUUUCCAUUCUUUUCUUUUUUUCAUUUUUAAUGUUUUCAUUUUUAAAUAUAAUUUAUUGUCAAAUUGGCUUACGUACAACACCCAGUGCUCAUCCCAGCAAGUGUCCUCCUCCCUGCCCAUCCCCCACUUUCCCCUCUCCCCCGCCCACCAUCUACCCUUAGUUUGUUCUCAGUCCUUAAGAGUCUCUUAUGGUUUGCCUCCCUCCCUCUGUAACUUCCCCCCCUCCCCCAUGGUCUUCUGUUAAGUUUCUCAAGAUCCACAUAUGAGUGAAAACAUAUGAUAUUGUCCUUCUCUGACUGACUUAUUUCCAUUCUUUUCAAAUAAGGAGAAUGAGUGCUUCUUCUUCCCUGCCUAGCACUCCAGGACCCCAGCUCUUCUCUGUCCUCCUACCUGCCUCGGCUGGGUUCACAUGGGCUCUCUGUCAUCUGUCCCUGAGGCUUCCUUAAUACAACACUGCUCUCAUUUUGCUGGGGCUUACUGAGAAUAAUCCAGUCUCUUGGGUGUCAGUGUCAGCAGCCUUCUUAUAUGGAAAACACCCGGUACUGACGCCUAACCCUCAGUGGCCACAAAAGAAAAUAAUUGGAGCUAUAUAUUGAGCAUGUACUCUAUGUGAAGUAGAAGCUCUGCAUAAAGUUUCACUAAAAAUUCACAUGAAUCCUUUGAGGGAGGAAUAGUUUUGACCCAAAAUCACACAGCUAGAAAAUGACAGCCAAGAUUCUAGUCUAACCCAGGUAUGACUUUGCAUUAUAAUAUGCUGCCUCUUGGGGUGCCUGGUGGCUCAGUUGGUUGAACCCCUGACUCUGGCCCAGGCCAUGAUUUCAUGGUCCGUGAGUUCGAGCCCUGCAUCAGGCUCUGUGCUGACAGCUCAGAACCCAGAGCCUGCUUCUCAUUCUGUGUCUCCCUCUCUCUUUCUGCCCCUCUGCCACUCAUGCUCUGUCUCUCUCUCUCAAAAACUAAAUAAACAGGGGCGCCUGGGUGGUUUGGUCAGUUAAGCGUCCGACUUCAGCUCAGGUCAGGAUCUCACAGUCCGUGAGUUCGAGCCCCGCGUCGGGCUCUGUGCUGACAGCUAGGAGCCUGGAGCCUGCUUCAGAUUCUGUGUCUCCCUCUCUCUGUGCCCCUCCCCCACUCAUGCUCUGUCUCUCUCUGUCUCAAAAAUAAAUAAACGUUAAAAAAAAAAUUAAAAAAAAAAACUAAACAUAAAAAAAUUUUUUUUAAGUAAUAUGCUCUUUGUCUCUUACCUCCUGGAAUAUAAACAUAUGCCAGAACCAAGCCCAGAUAUUGUUGCCUCUUUGGACCUUAUGCAUUGGGCUGGAAGCACUCUCUGACCCCUUCCACAAGGGGUCCUACAGCUGGCUCAGGUUUCCCUCCUCACCAACCCAUAUUGCUCAAAUCCUUCCACUGGACUGUCCCAAGAAUUUAGUAAACUCUAGGGUUUUAAUCCAGUUAUCACACACUAUUGCUGAAUCUGUAGGCUGGGGGUAAGGGUACCUGAGUUUGAAUCACAACUCUGGGGUUAUAUGAACAGGUCAUGUGAUUGGAAUCCCAGUGUCCUUUUGUUGAAUAGAGAUAAAAUUAUCUUCUCCCCCAGUGACUCUGCUUCUCUCUGGAUUCACCAAGACAGACCUCAGACCUCUGACAGCCACUUCGGUUUCAUAGUCCCCAGAGGAGUAUUGGCCUUGUGUUCUGUGCAGAGCUAUCCCCUGGGGCUGUGCAAGGCUGUAUCCCUGCUCACUGCUUGAUCCUGGAAACAUUCCAUUCCAUGGGAAGCCUCCUUCAAGCAGAUAUACCCUUUUUCCUUCUUUAUGUAAGAGUUGUGAUGGGACCCAUUUAAAAAAAAAAAAAAAAAACACUUCUGUUUUUCACUUUCGUCUGGAAGAGGUUCUAUGGCAGAUGGAGUCUUAAAAAAAAAAAAAAAAAAGCCUUAUUGCCACCCCCAGCCUCUUCUUUCUACUGCCACCCUCCAACUCCUCACAUACCCUAGCCAAAAAUGCCUAGGAUAAAAGCUGUCUAGGAUCAAGAACAGACCAGGAGUGAAACUGAGUCUAAAUAUGGACAUAAGGAUGGAGGAAACUCUGUCCAAAAGGAAACCAGGGAUGAUGCUCCAGAAGGAAAAGCAAUUCCAAGAAUAUCAAGAAGGUUUCAUAUCACAUGUGUAGAGUCUGGGGGGGCGGCGGGGGGUGUGCGCGCACAGAUGUACGCACAAGCACAAAAAUAAGAACCCCAUCUUCCUCUGGGAAUCAAAAUAGCCUUCAGUCCCCAGAGUAAGGGAGCAGGAAGCUUCUGUGAGCUCUGUUUAUGAGCAGGCGAGUCUGAGUCCUCACAUUUGUGGCCCAGUUGUGGGCAGCUGUCCCUGACCAGAUGCACCACACACAAAAAGAACCAGCCAUCAGCACAGAGCUUUGAUGAAUUAUUCAUGGGCUCAGGAGGCAUCCACUGUUAGGAAGCCCUCACCCCUAUCCUUUGAAUCCUCCAAGGCGAGGACUCCUUCCCUUUGUCCCCUCCCUCCUUUAUGUAUUCAGUAACUAUUCUGAGGCCUGCACAGCCAUUUUUACAUGGACUCUGAAAGGCACACUAGCUGUACUUGAGUCCCAGCUCUGUGAUUUAUUUGCUCUAUGAUACUGCAUAAGUAACUUUAUCUCUUUGAGGUUUCAUCAUCUAUAAAGUGGAAGUGAUGCUCCCUCUCAGUUGUUGGGAGGAAGGUAGGACAAUAGUUGCACAGUGUGAACAAUACCUGCUUGGUUCACUGUUUUCCCUGUAGUGGUUGUGGUGAUGAUGAUUUUUAUAUGUUUAGGCCAAGAUGAACAGGAUUUAAGUAUCUGGUGUCCUUAGAGAACUUGACAGACUACAAAACGCUUAUACAGUCUCCUUUCAGUGUAAAGAAACAAACAAAAUAAGAUAGGGCUGCUAGCAUUCUUCCUCUUGCACGGGUAAGGAUGCUAAGGUUUAAAUGGUGCAGAAAGCAGUGUUGCUGAGGCUAGAAUCCAAGGCUUUAACUCCGUCCAAGGACUGUGUGCUCUACCUCCUCAUUAGUCCUAGCUCUGCUUCGCAGACCUGUUUGCUACAGCUUCUCGUAAGUCACAAAAUAGCCAGCAGGGGGUAAAAGCAGGAAGUUUCUACGUUACUGAGAACUGACCAUUUAGAAAGUAAAGUGCUGUCUAUACAUGAAUAUUAAACUUCGAGGGCUAAAUUAGCAAGGUAGCAUAAUCUAUCUUAUUUAAUUUUAUUUUAAUUCAGGUAUAGAUAACAUAUAGUAUUAUAUUAGUUUCAGGUAUAUAAUAUAGUGAUUCAACACUUCCAUACAACACCCAGCGCUAAUCACAAGUGCACUCCUUUAUCCCCAUCCCCCCCAUCUACCUCCCCUCUGGUAACCAUCAGUUCUCUAUAGUUAAGAGUCAGCUUCUUGGUUUAUUUCUUUUUUUUUUUUUUAAUUUUUUUUUUUAACGUUUAUUUAUUUUUGAGACAGAGAGAGACAGAGCAUGAAUGGGGGAGGGUCAGAGAGAGGGAGAUACAGAAUUGAAACAGGCUCCGGGCUCUGAGCUGUCAGCACAGGGGCCCGAUGCGGGGCUCGAACUCACGGACCGCGAGAUCGUGACCUGAGCCGAAGUCGGCGCUCAACCGACUGAGCCACCCAGGCGCCCCUGUUUAUUUCUUUCUUUUCCUUUGUUCACUUUUUGUGUUUUUUUUAAAUUCCACAUAGGCAUGGAAUCAUACAGUAUUUGUCUUUCUCUGACUUUUUCUGCUUAACAUAAUACAUUGUAGCUCCAUCCAUGUUGUUGCAAAUGGCAAUAUUUCAUUCUUUUUUAUGGCUGAGUAAUAUUCCAUUGUGUAUAUAUACCACAUCUUUAUCCAUCAGUUGAUGGACACUUGGGCUGCUUCCAUAAUUUGGCUGUUGUAAAUAAUGCUGCAAUAAACAUAGGGGUGUAUGUAUCUUUUAAAAUUAGUGUUUUUGUCGGGCGCCUGGGUAGCUCAAUUGGUUAAGCCCAACUUCUGCUCAGGUCAUGAUUUCAUGGCCUGUGGGUUCAAGCCCCACAUGGGGCUCUGUGCUGACAGCUCAGAGCCUGGAGCCUGCUCCAGAUUCUGUCUCUGUCUCUUUCUCUCUCUCUGCACCCCCCUACUCAUACUCUGUCUGUCUGUCUGUCUCUCUCUCUCUCAAAAAAUAAACAUUAAAAAAAUUGUUUUAUUUUUUUUUUAACAUUUUUAUUUAUCUUUGAGAGACAGAGACAGAGUGCAAGCAGGGGAGGGGCAGAAAGAGAAGGAGACACAUAAUCGGAAGCAGGCUUCAGUCUCUGAGCUGUCAGCACAGAGGCCAAUGUGAGGCUUGAACGCACCAACUGUGAGAUCGUGACCUGAGCCGAAGGUGGACGCUUAACCAACUGAGCCACCCAGGCGCCCCCCAAAAUUUUUUAAAUAAAAUUAGUGUUUUUGUACUCUUUGGAUAAAUACCCAGUAGUGUGGUUACUGGAUCAUAUGGUAGUUCUAUUUUUAACUUUUGAGGAACCUCCAUAUUGUUCUCUGCAGUGGCUGCAUGGUUCGCAUUCCCACCAACCAUGCGUGAGAGUUCCUUUUUCUCUACACCCUCACCAAUACAUGUUAUUUAGCACAAUCCAUCUUAGACUAGCUAAAAAACCACUAGAACUAGAACUCAGGGAGUGUCCUUAGUAAUUCUUGAAGAUUUUGAAAUAAGGCCUGGGCCUCCUCCAUAUGCUAUGUAUCAUUUUAGCUCUUUCCCUUCUUCUGACCCCCCUCACAGGAGCUUCAUGGCAGUCAUAUGCCCAGCUCUGUGGAAUAAGGACUUCCCAGAGUUCCAACUAACUGUUCUUUACCUCUACCACAGCUUUGAGUUAGGCUGCCCCACCUUUAAGUAUUUUGUAAAUACUGAAACUUCUAGUGAUCCAUGAGUUUCCCUAGUAACUAGACAGCAGAAUUGCUUUAAGUCCUGAGUCCCCACUGGAUGCUUUUGGGAAAUCUUCAACCUUCAGUGGGAGACUAUUAUCAAAGGCAGGAAGGGGGUAUCUUCAAACAGCUCCUUCCUUUCUAGAAAGAAGGACUGGUGCCUUAAAGGUCAGGACCCCUUAUUCCAGCUGGACAUUGGACAGCAGGGAGGGCUGUGGUGGAGCCAGGCAGUCCACCCAGAUGCCCUCUGGUGACCUUGGUCCUUUCCCCCAGAUGCAGUGAGUGGGAGAGCCAUGAAUGGAGGAGGGCAGGGAGGAAAGAGGCCUUUCUCAGAGACCUCACCCUUUCUCUCUUCUUAUCCUUGGGAGGACCAUCUCCUCCCUUGUUCCCUCUCCUACCUUUUGCUCUUGGUGGUUUUGUUUUUGUUUUGUUUUGUUUUGGUUUUUGGCCAAGCUCAGAUCCCCCAGCUCCUCUGGGGGAUCCUUAUUGGAAGCUUAGAGCAAAUGUGGGAGGUAAAAUGUAGCUUCUCCUGAGGCUGACAAGUUCCUUGAGGAGCAAAGAACAGAGUAGAGACUGACCCGGGCCCCAGCCCAGAGGCGGAGGCUGCUGUCUGAAUCACCCACCCUUUUUUUCCACUGAGACAAUGAGGAAAAUAAACAUCCAGACUAGUUUCCAGCCAGAUCUGAAAUCCUCAUGCCUUUUUUAAAAAGAAAAAUGUUAUUCUAAAUAACUCUGAAAUAUCAGGCCUUCAUCCUCCAUCUUUUUUUGUUUGUUUUCUUUUGUCUACAGCUGGGUCUGCUCACACUGAGAGUAGGUUUUGAGUUGGGACAUGAACUCCAUAAAAUCCCCACAGGCACCCCUGUGCUCUUCUGGAGCAGGCUCUAGCCCAGGCCUCCAGGGAGGCCCAGCCCCCCUGGAAGAGGAGAAGGCGUCGGGGAGAAACCCAACCCUCUUCUUUUCAUUCUGAGCCUGGAUCCCUCUUCCUGCUUUCCCUUUCGUACCAGACAUGCCCCCUCACCAGCCCCCAGGCAGCCAGCAUGGAUUAGGUCUAGUGUUUACCUGCCAGAACCCAUAGACUGCUAGAGAGGAGAGCACCUCGUCCCAACUCUUCAAUCCCAGAAGCCUCUGACAGCUCUCAGACAUCUCUUGAGACGUCCCCCCAUUUUUGUUCUUUGAGUUGCUUCUGAUUAUCUUUAGAGAAGGAGGGUAAUUAAGUAUUGUUGAAUUGGUCCCAGACCAGAUUCCAAAGCCCAAUCUGAGUCUAUUUUUCUUCUAGAGAUAGAAUUAUGACUUUGAUUUUAGGGGUAAGUCACCUUGGGCCUCAGAAGAUCUUGAUUAUUUAAACAUCCACUCACAUACAGAUCUUUGUAGGAUUCUGAGCUCAAUAAAAUCAGUAGGCAUGGUCAUCUGUCUCUAGGAUAUGAAUUGGGAGUCAAAGUCCUGGUUUUAAGUUUCAGCUUUGUUACUGAUUCAGUGUGUUGAUCUUAGUUUCUUCAACUAUAAACUAAAAUUGGAGACCAAAAUGGUAAUUUUCAAGCUUUUUUCUUUGCAUUGCUUGUUAACUGUAUCUUGCAUGGAACAUAACAUAUAAAACAGGUGAAAGGAAGCCACCUUGAAUAUUGCAGGGGACAGAGAGUCAAGUGCUGCCAGCUUGAGGUGGACCCAGAAGGCCUGCCCUCUCUCACUCCCAUGGUGACCCGGGAAGGCUGGGACACAGUGUAAAAAUAUUGGUCUGCUGCAAACAUGCUAUAAAGUACAACGAUAAACAAAAAUAAAGAAUUUAAAAAAAUAAAAACUCAAGAUGGAUGAUGUACUAACUAGACUGAAGAGACAGGGUGUGCCACUGACCUAAAUUUCAUUUUACAUAGCUAUCAUUUGUUUAUUGUUUGCUUUUAUUCGCCAUCUCCUCGCCCCUUUUGUGGAUGAAGUCAGUGAACAAAAUUCUUCAUGGCUGGUGAAUCAUAUUAGCCAAAACACUCAGCCAAGACAGAGAAGGGAAUAGAUUUCAUAGAAUGAGAAAAUUCUAGAAUAUGAAGUCUUGAAAAUGCCCUUAGAGAGGGUUUAGUUCCAAACUCCUCAAAUAACACAGUAUCCAAAGGUCAAAGGAGGGGAGCUAAUUUGCUCAAAAUCUUACAGCUAACUGGCAAGGCUAGAAUUGGCACCUGGGUUUCUUGGCUUCCAGCUAGUGUUCCAGACUAUGGUGAUGGUGAUAGCAUCUAACAUUUACAUAAGGCUAUAUAAUUUAUAAAGUGUACCUACCUACACUUUAUACACAUGUGUACAUACAUACAUAUAUAUAUAUACACACACACAUACACACUGAUCUAGAAGGCCACUUUAAUACAAAGAGCGUAGGUCUUGGCAUCAUAUAAAUACAUGAACCCACAACAUUGAUGACGUCAGUCUUAACGCAGGUAAGUUAAUUUACUUUUCUGAGCCUCAAUUUCUGUAUCACUAAAAUAGAAACAAGACAUUCUUCACAAGAUCAUUAUGAAGAUUAGAUAAGAGCCCACUUAAAUUACACAGCACAGGGUUUGGUACAUGAUAAGCGCACACUGAAUAUCUCUUAAACGUGUGGCACAUAAAUCGUCGUUGCCUUCCCAGUGAUCUUCACAGCGGUCCUUUGAGUAUAUGCACCAUGCUCCUCUUCUGUCCCCCAUACUGAAACAUCCUAAGUAACACUGUCUCUAUUUUCCCCAAACUCCAGAACAUUUUUACUGAGCGUGAUUAGUAUGUUUAUCAGAUAAACCUUGCUGACUUCCUUGAUUUGAGAUACAUUACACUUAAUUUAUUGAGGUGCUCAAAAACAAAGGUGUCUCUUUAAAUGUACUAAUACUCCUAAUAAAAGCUAAUAUUUACAUAGAGCUUACUAUGUGCAAGGGACCAUUCUGAGCAUUUCACAGAUCUUAACUCAUAUAAUCUUAUGAGAUAGAUACCUAUUAUUAUUCCCAUUUUACAGAUGAGGAAACUGGGGCACACAGAGGUUCAGUAACUUUCCCUAAUUCACACAACUAGUAAGCAAAGGAGCUGGGAUUCAGACCCAGACAGUCUGGUUCCAACGUCCAUGCUCUUAACUAUUAAGCCCAUAUCCUGAAAUUCCAGAUGCAGUCCUUGCCUCAAGUCAUCAAAGUCCCCGUACAGAGUCUUCAGCACAUGCACAAAGUCCUGGGAAAGACUUCCCGCUGCCUUUGCGCUCUCUUGACUUUCUGUGGCUUUGCCAAGGUAGGCGCUCUCCUUAUAUUCCUUUAAGAGGACAUCAUACAGAGUUCUUGCUGCUUUUAAUUUAAACCUAAGCCAGAUUUUCCUCACUGACCUAAACCAUAGCUUCCAUUUCCUCUGAAUCUGGGACAAAUGUUCUUACACCCACUAGAGUCCCCAUAAUUACAAUCAUGGCUGAGAGGCCAGCUGUGGGACUUGACCAUUAGUGAAUACAUUUUCCCUUCAAAAAAUCCAUCAAAGCAAUGGCCCCCUGGACAAAGGCACCAAGGACAUAUUUCUCAGAUGAUUGGUGAUCUGAGUGUAAAAGGCUUUGGACUGAAGGACCAGAGGACUGGGUUCUAAUUCUGGGUUUGUGGUUUACCUGCAGUAUGAACCUGGCCCAACCACUUGUUCAUCAAGCACUGUUUUAGACUCUGAGGCUAGGAGUUCAGGUUCUCUGAGAAGCAGAUGCAAGAUGAGUUAAGACCUGCAAGAGAUUUAUUGGGUGAGACACCUGUGAGGGAUAAUAGGAAGGAGUGGGAGAAGGGAGCAAAGCCUUUCAGUGGGGUACAGGACUGACUCCUGUGACAGAAGGCAAGGAGAAGGAUUAGACUGCAGUACAAUUCUAGGACAGUUUCCUCUGGAUCAGUGAGCGUUCUUAAGAGAAGGUCUCUGAUUAAAGGAGUCUCGUGUCUCACAGGAACAGGCCUGUAGCAAUACUCCUGCCAUUUCCUUUGACACUGGAUGAGAAUGGCUAUGAGGAGUUGAGGGAUGCAGAAGGCCAGCAGCUGGGGCCAUCAGUCAGUUCUGCCCACAUCAGGAGACAGAGAGGCAGAAUUUUAUGGCCAGCCCACUGAAGCAUCAAUGGUGAAUAGAACAUGUGAGGUUCAGGCUCUUAAGAGAGCUCACAGUCAAGUGGGAAGAGACAGAUGAAAAAAUGUUUAAGUGGUAGCAAUAAGUGCUUUGAUGAGGAGAAGAAGACAGAGUAACGUGAUUAGGAGUAGCUUGAGGUCAGAUGAUCAAGAAAGGCCUUUCUGAGCCUGAGUUUCUUUAUUGGUCCUAUUAAAAUAGUUGGGUUUGUUGUUUUGUUUUGUUUUUUUUUCCCAUUCCAGUGGAUAUUUGUGUAGCACUUAUAAUUUAUAAGUAUAUGCUCCUCAUCUACCCUCACAUACUGCUGGAUAAUAGAAUGAUCCUUCAGCUUGGUGUGUAAAAGACUUGGGCUUGAGUCCUGGUUUGGGCAUUUCCUGAGAGCUCUAGAUCGCUGAGUAAGUCAUUUUAUUCCUCUGAGUCGUAGUCUCAUCUUAUGUUAAAUGAAUCUGGAAAGAUCACUGCCUUGCCAACUUUGUAGGGCUGUUAUAAAUGUCAAAGUUGUCGAGAGCAACCUACAAUUGGAAAAUAAAAUUAUAAUAAAAAUUUCUUUUACAACAGCUUCAAAAAAUAAAGCACUUAAUUAAUUUAACAAAAAUCAUAUAAGAUCUCUGUACAGCAAAUGACAAAACAUUGCCAGGAGAAAUGAAGAAGACCCAGUAAAGGGAGAGAGAAACCAUGUUGUAAAGUAGAACAUUCACUAAUGUUACUGUGUUGUUUCUCCCUGGAUUGAUCUAUAGAUUGAGCCCAAUCUCUGUCAUAAUCCCAGCAUGCUUUUUUUGUAUUAAUUAUACCAAAGCAAAUGAGAAGGUACUGUAUACACAUAGGAAAGUAUUACUGUUUUAUCAAAGAGUAUGUCAAUAAUAAUUCUGACCCUUUCCAGUCAUAAUAUGGUCCUUUUUUUGAGAACUUCAGGGAACCAUGUUAGAUUAUUAGGUGGAAGCUCUUUUCACUGUCCUCAGAAGUAGAAAAGUCUACUCAAACUUAGAAUGUUUAUUGUUCUUCUAAUGAGAUGUAUUACUAGAAAAAAACACUAAACCUGAAAAAUAAGGGACUUACAUUCUUUCUCAGGACUACCAAUCAGUCACUGGUAAGAAAAUACUUGGUCUCUCUGGAUCUUAGAUUUCUUAUCAGUAAAAUAAAAUAUUAAACUAAGUGAUCUGUUGGUCAGUUCCAGACCUGUGCAUCUGUGAUAUUUAAGAAGAAUAAACCAUUAUGGAUCAGAAAGAACAAUCUGGUGACUUCUCUCCAAGCCUGGUUCAAUAUAAGUUUAUCAUGUUACUUUUGUGAACCCUUUAAUUCCAUAUGCUAACCAGCGACUAGCAGCAUGUUGUUUGUGCCCAAGAUGUACUAAAAUGAAAAAGAACAGGAUUUCUUAUAAUUAUACUAAUGCACUUUCCAAACUGGCUUUUCUUGUGAUUCCUCCUUUUGAUUUUUUUCAAAGCAUAAGUUUGGGAUUCAUUGGUCUUGGUUUCAGCCUCUGUCUCCUUAAUGAUGAACUUAAAUUAGAUGCUAAUAUUUUGAAAGAGGACAUGGUUACACAAACCAGAAUGACAGUUUCUAGUCCAGAGGUUGCCAAACUUCCUCUGUAAAAGGUCAGAUUGUAAAUAUUGUAGGUUUUACCACCAUUAUGUUCUCUCACAAGUACUCAACUUCACUGUUGUAGCACAUAAGCAGCCAUAAACAGUAUGUAAAUGAAUAGCUGUGUUCCAAUAAAACUUUAUUUAUAAAAACAGCUGGUAGGCCCAGUUUGACUUAUGGUCCAUAGUUUGCCACCCCCUAUUCUCAUGUAAUAACAUACCUUGACAGGCCUACCAAGACACAUUUACAUAUGGUCUUAGGUGUUGGCCUUUCUAACAGUGUUAAAAAGAUAGCAAGCACUUCUGGGGUGCCUCGGUAGGUUAGUUAAGUGUCCGACUUGAUUUUGGCUCAGGUCAUGAACUUGCGGGGUUCUUGAGAUUGAAUCCCACAUCAGGCUGUGCGCUGAUAGUGCAGAGCCUGCUUGGGAUUCUCUCUCUCCCUCUCUAUUUACCCCUCCCCCAUGCAUACUCUCUCUCAAAAUAAAUAAAUAAACUUUAAAAAAAAAAAAAGCGCUUCCUUUUGGAUCCAGCAGAAAAAAACCUAGAGUUGUUGAGGCGUCAAGAUACAAGACUGGAAGAUGAGUAGGAAAGCUACAUAUAUGAAGCCAGGAGAGACUGUUGUGACACCAGGACCGGAGGCAGCAACUAAGAAAAGCUGCCGGUUAGAAGUUGGGUCCUUCCAGGCUCUUUGCCUCUGGGGUCCUCUACGUACCUCACAAAGGCCAGUUGAGUUCAUUUGUACUUCCCGGCACCAGUCCUGGCUCUGAUCAAACCCUGAAGGUCUGUGAACACCAAGCUUAAGCCCUUCUCCCAUGUCAGGCCACCUUCCACGAUGGAGUGCUGAGGAAGGACCUCCCUCUGUGAUGUACUGAUGUGCAGGGACCGUGGCAUCUCUUUACUCCCUGGGACAACCCUACAGACUCCCUGAGAAACAUGUCCUCUGCCAGUCACGGCCCCCGCUCUUCUCCAGCUGAGCUCAGCAGCUCCAGUCAGCACCUUCUUCGAGAACGCAAGUCCUCAGCCCCAUCGCACUCCAGCCAGCCAACCUUGUUCACCUUUGAACCCCCUGUGUCCAACCACAUGCAGCCCACCUUGUCCACCAGUGCGCCUCAGGAGUAUCUCUACUUGCACCAGUGCAUAAGCCGGAGAGCGGAAAAUGCAAGGAGUGCCAGCUUCUCUCAGGGCACCAGGGCCUCGUUUCUCAUGAGGAGCGACACAGCUGUACAGAAACUUGCCCAGGGCAAUGGACACUGCGUCAAUGGGGUCAGCGGUCAAGUCCAUGGCUUCUAUAGCCUCCCCAAGCCAAGCCGGCACAAUACAGAAUUCAGAGACAGUACCUACGACCUCCCCCGGAGCCUGGCCUCCCACGGCCACACGAAGGGCAGCCUUACGGGCUCUGAGACCGAUAAUGAGGACAUAUACACCUUCAAGACACCCAGCAACACUCUAUGUCGGGAGUUUGGGGACCUCCUGGUGGACAAUAUGGACGUUCCAGCCACCCCACUCUCAGCCUACCAGAUCCCUAGGACAUUCACGCUGGACAAGAACCACAAUGCCAUGGCAGUGGCCACUCCUGGGGAUUCGGCCAUAGCUCCCCCACCCCGGCCCCCCAAGCCAAGUCAGGCAGAAACACCUCGAUGGGGCAGUCCUCAGCAGAGACCUCCAAUCAGUGAAAGCAGCAGAUCCGUCUCUGCCGCUGCCACCAUCCCCAGGCGCAAUACCCUCCCGGCGAUGGACAGCAGCCGGCUCCACCGAGCUUCUUCCUGUGAAUCCUACGAGUACCCCCAGCGAGGAGGAGAGAGUGCAGGCCGGUCUGCCGAGUCCAUGAGUGAUGCGGUCCGUUCUUUCCUGCCAGGGAAAACAGUUGUAGGCCGAUCAGAUAGCACCAAUUCUGAGGACAACUACGUGCCCAUGAAUCCAGGUUCCUCCACCCUGCUGGCCAUGGAGCGAGCAGGUGAUAAUUCCCAGAGUGUCUACAUCCCCAUGAGCCCAGGACCCCAUCACUUUGACGCGCUUGGCUACCCCUCAACAGCCCUUUCUCUGCACCGGGGCCCCAGCCGAGGGAGUGAGAUCCAGCCACCCCCUGUCAACCGCAACCUCAAACCUGACCGGAAAGCAAAGCCAACACCACUCGACCUGAGAAACAACACUGUCAUCGAUGAGCUCCCCUUCAAGUCACCUGUCACCAAGUCUUGGUCGAGGGCCGUUCACACCUUCAACUCCAGCUCCUCCCAGUACUGCCGCCCCAUCUCCACCCAGAGCAUCACCAGCACGGACUCCGGAGACAGCGAAGAGAACUACGUCCCUAUGCAAAACCCAGUGUCUGCGUCUCCCAUCCCCAGCGGCACCAGCAGUCCGGCCCCUAAGAAGAGCACGGGCAGCGUUGACUAUCUGGCCCUGGACUUUCAGCCGAGCUCCCCAAGCCCCCACCGCAAGCCGUCCACGUCCUCUGUGACUUCCGAUGAGAAGGUAGACUACGUUCAGGUGGACAAGGAGAAGACCCAGGCUCUGCAGAGCACCAUGCAGGAGUGGACAGACGUGAGGCAGUCCUCGGAGCCUUCCAAGGGCACCAAGCUGUGACACAGGGGCCACCAAGUCUGGGGAGGCGCCUGGAGGUAGAAUCACCGGAGCUGGCUCCUCCCCGUCUGCCCCCGCCCCCUUCUCUCCAGUUGUCCCCUCCACUCUGGCCUUCAAAGCACUUGAUGUCAGGGACCCUGAACCCUUCUCCUGGGAGGUGAGGGCCUGAUCAAGGCACUACUCUGCCCACUCAGGGCCCACCUUUGAUUUUUAUCAGUAAUGGCCAUCCUCUACCCACCUUAGUUAGAGCUAUUGCCAAAAAGCAUCCUUCAGCCUCUUUUUCUGUCCUUUAGACCUAAAUACCUACUAGGCGUUGGGAGGGGCUGGGGCUCUGAGCCAGAUUCCACACCUCACAUACGGUCUUGGCCCUCAAGCCCUCUUCCCUCCAGCUACUGGGCUACCUCUCCUUAAGUCCCACAAGAUGCCACGUCAUCUCGCUGGUCCAAGGAGCCCAGGACCAGCAGACCAAAGUGGACAUGGACUUCUUCAUCCUUGUCUUUCUUGGUAGGGGAGAGGCAAGGCCACCAAAAGAUGGAGUUGAGAAGGAAGGUUAGAGGUGGUCUUGAGGGACAGAGGAAUGAGAUCCCAGGUGCAGAAGGCAGUUGAUAUGGGCAGGGGGGCCUCCUAACUUGGUAGCUGUUGUAGGUUGGGAGAGCCAGAAGAAUGAGGACAAAAGGAAGAAAAACAGAGGAUAGGCAACCAAAAACAAGGGGCAGGGGGUGACAAGGACCCUGUGGGGUCAGGGCCCCCAGGACUGUGGAGCUUACAGGCCCUCUUCCCUGGGUGGACCCGCUAGAGGAGGCUUCGACGGUGCUGGGUGUGCAGUGGAGGGAGGCAAGUGAUGCAGGGUCGGGAUGGAUCGUGGGGUGGACUGGAGGUGCUUUAGGGCUGUAUACCGCAGUGGGGAGGGUGCAGCAAGUGAGUUUGUGCAAGACAGGCGGUGGGGGUGGGCGGAUGACUGACAGAUGGGAGGCAGGGUAAGGAUGGUGGAGGUGGACAGUGCCUGGGGAUGCAGAGAGGAGCAGAAAGUGAAGGAGCCACGUGUGCAGGGCAGACCGAGGGCAGCGGGGAAAGCAGGCAGGGGAGAGUGGUGUCCCCAAGGAUGGGUAGGAGAGCAGGGGCUCGUGCCAGGGCCCAAUGGAGGUACGAGUGUGGUGCCGGGAGCCCAUAGUGCUUGCCCAGUUCAUCUUACAGCUGUCGCUCCCUGCUAGCCCAGUGCCACACUGGACUCAGACCUGACCCUGCAGGGUACAGGAGGCAGGACCUCACCCCCAGGUACUUUCUGGCAACCUGGGGAGGAGGGACCCAAAUCUUCCAGAGUUGCAGAGGCAACUGGGCAGAUCAGAUGUUUCGUCCAACCAUGGAUGAAGAGACCUCCUUCCUUUGGGAAAAAAAUAAAAGACUUCCCACCCUGCCUGGUGGAGGUGGCUCCCGGUCACCAAUCAGCCCUUACGAGCCCACACCUGGCCCUUCUCUAAGAAGCUC